CCGGGCAAGCAGCCGCGUCGACGUGGGUUCGUGCGCUCCCUCAAAAUGGCGCGGCCUCUCAUCUACACACACUUUCUAACAUUAGUCAUAAUAGUUACGGCACAGGAUUACUACCACACGCCACGGACCGGACUAGCACCCUGUUACAGCAACGACGGCAGGCCACAGCGAUGUAUACCGGAGUUCGAGAACGCUGCUUUCAACGUGCAGAUGGAAGCCACCAACACGUGUGGUGACAACGGUCCCAUGAUGUACUGCAUACAGACAUCUGCCGCCACAUCCACCAGGUCGUGUGACUUCUGCCAACCAGGCCAGUUCACCAGCUACUAUCUGACAGAUCUUCAUCAUGAACAGAACAACCAGACCUGGUGGCAAUCGGAGACCAUGAAGGAGGGCAUCCAGUAUCCUAAUCAGGUCAACUUGACCUUACACUUGGGCAAAGCGUACGAUAUAACAUAUGUCAAGAUCGUGUUCUACUCGCCGCGGCCUCAGAGUUUUGCUGUUUACAAGAAGACCAGCGAGGAGAAAGACUGGGAGCCGUUCCAGUACUUCAGUGCGUCCUGCCGGGACACUUAUGGAGUGCUAGAGCAAAGAUCAGCGGACAUUGGCGCCGAAACAAGAGCACUGUGCACUAGUGAAUAUUCCGAUAUAUCACCACUAUCUGGUGGUAACGUACUGUUUUCCACACUUGAAGGUCGACCUUCUGCCUUCACGUUUGAUAGCAGCCCAGAGCUACAGGAAUGGGUGACGGCCACUGACCUGCGCAUCUCCCUGGACCGUCUGAACACUUUCGGAGACGAGAUCUUCGAGGACGUCCAAGUACUCCAGUCUUACUGGUACGCUAUCGCCGACGUCGCUGUGGGCGCCAGGUGCAAAUGCAACGGUCACGCGUCAGUAUGCGACACUGAUGAACUGCCCGAUGGCACCAGGACAAGGGCUUGCAGAUGUGAGCACAACACAGCCGGUCGUGACUGUGAGAGGUGUUUGGACUUCUAUAAUGACGCCCCGUGGGGUCGCGCGUCGUCCACCAACGUGCACGAGUGUAAAGCUUGCAACUGUAACGGCUUCUCGGACAAAUGCUACUUCGAUAAGGAACUAUAUGAGCAGUCCGGCCAUGGUGGUCAUUGCAUCGAUUGCGCAGAGAACAGAGACGGUCCCAACUGCGAGAGAUGCAAGGAGAACUUUUACCAGGGAGAGAGGGAGAUUUGUCUACCGUGCAAUUGUAAUCCUACCGGAUCGCGAAGUCUCCAAUGCAAUGCCCAAGGCAAAUGCCCUUGUAAACCAGGCGUGACAGGAGACAAAUGCGACGUAUGCGCACCAAAUCACUACGAGUUCACGAACCAGGGCUGCAAGCCGUGCGGUUGUAACGAGUCUGGUUCGUACGAGAACAAGCCACAAUGUGAUCCCGUCACUGGAAUUUGUCGGUGCAAGCAGAAUGUUGAGGGCAAACGUUGCAGAGAAUGCAAACCAGGCUUCUUCAAUAUGGAUAUUGAUAAUGAAUUCGGUUGCACACCGUGCUUCUGUUUCGGCCAUUCGUCUCAGUGCAACUCCGCUCCGAAAUACCAAGCACACGAAAUAAGUGCACGUUUCAUUAGAGACGCGGAAAAGUGGACUGCUGAAGAUAACCAGCAUAGAUCGGCUCCACUUCAGUUCAAUGCUAACGCUCAGAAUAUAGCUGUAACAUCUCGAGGAUCGGAGAUCGUCUACUUCGUAGCAUCCAGUCAGUUUCUUGGGGAUCAGCGGCCUUCCUAUAACCACGACUUGAAGUUCACAUUGCGUUUGGGCGAGAGUAACGCCUACCCUUCAUCGCAAGAUAUCAUACUGGAGGGCGCUCGUGCUUCUAUAUCAAUGAACAUUUACGGACAAAACAACCCUGAGCCGUCUGACCAGCCACAAGAAUAUACCUUCAGACUUCACGAAGACCCUCGUUACGGAUGGACACCCACUUUGUCCAACUUCGAGUUCAUGUCAAUUCUUCAGAAUUUAACGUCAAUAAAGAUUAGGGGGACUUACAAUAAAGGUGGAGUGGGGUAUCUGAUGAAUUUCAAGUUGGAGACCGCGAAGGCAGGAAGGGAGAGGGGUUCAGCGUCAGCGAAUUGGGUGGAGAAGUGUACUUGCCCUGGUGCUUAUGUGGGUGAUUAUUGUGAAGAGUGCGCUCCAGGGUACAAACACGAACCAGCCAACGGUGGUCCGUACUCCACGUGCAUACCUUGCGACUGUAACGGGCAUGCGCAUAUUUGUGACACUGCGACAGGUUUUUGUAUUUGUAAACACAAUACGACGGGCAGCAAUUGCGAACUCUGCGCAAAAGGUUUCUACGGCAAUGCCAUUGCGGGCACCCCUGACGACUGCAAGGUCUGCCCAUGUCCAAAAGACAGUGGGUGCAUACAACUCAUGGACAUGAGCAUCGUAUGUACAGAUUGUCCAACGGGAUAUGCUGGACCCAGGUGUGAGGUCUGUGCUGACGGUCACUUUGGUGACCCCACCGGUCAGUUUGGACCCUCCAAGGAAUGCGAGGAAUGCCAAUGUAACGGUAACGUGGACCCGAAUGCAGUCGGCAACUGCAACAGGACUACAGGCGAAUGUCUCAAAUGCAUAUACAAUACGGCGGGAGCACAUUGUGAUAAGUGUUUGAGCGGAUAUUUCGGAGAUGCCCUCGACCAGAGCAAGAAGGGUGACUGCAAGCCGUGCCAGUGCCAUGAAGCUGGUACUCUAGAGAGUCCUGAAGGUCCGCCGCUAUGUGACGGUCUUACAGGCUUCUGCUCUUGCCGUCCACACGUCAUAGGAAGAAACUGUGAUAAAUGUGAGGACGGCUAUUACAAUAUCAACUCCGGUGAGGGUUGCAAGCCGUGUGACUGCAAUCUGGAGGGCUCCUACAAUUCAACGUGCGAUCCAGUUACUGGACAGUGCUACUGCAAGCCCGGAGUUUUUGAUAAACACUGCGACCGCUGUCGAUCAUACCACUACGGAUUCUCCACGGAAGGUUGUAAAAAUUGUGACUGUGACAACUGGGGCUCUACUGAUUACCAGUGCGACAUGUCUGGCCAGUGCUCCUGCCAGGAGAACGUAGAGGGGCGCCGCUGUGACAGAUGUAUGGAGAACAAACAGAGGCGAGCUGACGGGCUAGGAUGCGAGGACUGUCCUCCUUGUUACAACCUAGUACUGGACGCGGUCAAUGAACAUAGGCGUGAACUGAGAGACCUAGAUGAAAUCUUAGCGAAAAUCUCCAAAGCGCCUACAGUAGUUGAAAAUGCUGACUUUGACCUGGAACUGAAACGUGUGAGAGCUGAGAUAGAGCAGCUGGUGAAGGAAGCCCAAGCGGAGGCCGGCAACAACGGAGGAUCCAGCUUGACUGAUCACCUCUCGGAACUGGCCAGCCGGCUUGCGGAUGUCAAGAGUAUGCUGUUGAAGACGGAACACCAAAGAUACGAUGGCAACGAAGCGGUAGAAAAUAGCCGACCCAACUUGUCCAAAGCAGAAGAAACGAUUAAAGCUGCUCAGAAAGAAAUUGAGGAUGCACUGCAGUAUUUAGAAGGCGAAGGUGCUGAAGCGCUAAACAAAGCUAGGGAGAGAUCCGAUCAAUUCGGCAAACAGUCUGGCGAAAUGUCCAAAUUGGCUAAAGAGUCGCGUCUCCAAGCUGAAAAAUUGGAGAACGAAGCGAAAAAUAUAAGAGAAAUAGCGGAGAAAGCUUUUAAUACUUCACUAGCUGCCAAUAAGAUAGCUAAAGAUAGUAUCAAUAAACAAGCUAAUAUAAGCAACGAAAUCCAAAUUUUCUCCAACGACGUGAACGUGGCUUCUGGCAAACUAGGCACCAUAAUGGACUUGGCCGAUCAAGCUUUGGACAAAACUAAGAAUGUUCUCGACGAGGCGGUGAGCUUGUUCGCUAAGGUCAACACCACUGUGCUAUCAGACAUCGAUUUGAAGAAGUUACGCCAGGAAGCUGCGGCGAUGAAUAAAACUAUCGACGACAAACUUUCUGACUAUGAGCAGCUCGUAGACCAAAAUGAGAACACCCGUCAAAACCUAGUAGAAGCCACCAGAAAGGGGAAGCAGCUGUUAGACCAGGGUCAAGACAGACAGGAGGAGUUGAACGACCUUCUAGCCAAGUUGGACGAGCUACAGGAAGAGGCCAAGAACAAUGUUAAUUCCACCAUUGCGACUUUGAAAGACGCAAAUGAAAUUUAUAAGACGUUGAAAGAGUUCAAGGACCAAGUGGAGGACUCGCGGAUGGAGGCUGCACGAGCGGUGCAAGACAUACCGUCCAUACAGGAGAAGUUAGCCGCCGCCGAGGAAAACAUCAACAUGAUCACUGAUGACCUCAUCACAGCCAGCGACAAGGCGAGGGACGCCAGGGACUUGGCCCUCGAAGCACAGAAGGAAUACGCCGACAAAGCUUCCGAGGAGGCACACAAAAUAAGAAAUAAGGCAUCAAAGGCAAAAACUGAAGCUGUCAAACUGAGAGAUGAGGCAGACAAAUUAUCCACUCGAGUAAAAGGCACGGAGACACAAAUUAAGACCCUGGAAAUGCAGGCGAAUGAGAGUAUGCAGUUGACAGAGGACGCUAAAAAGAAGGUGGGACUCGCGAAAACCGACACCUGCGAAGCUGAGAAACAAGUAUUGAAGGGCCUCGAAGAUCUGCAAACUAUUAGAAACGAGCUGGCGAGUCUUCUCGACCUGGAUGAUAACGCUUUGGAUAAUCUCGAGAGAAGCCUGGAUGAGGUCGAAGAAAAUUUGCAAGCGGAAAAUCUGGCAGGCAAGAUCAAGUCUCUCGAACAGGCCAAGAAUAAUUAUCGCGGCUGGAUGAAACAAUACCAAGCCGAGUGCGAUCACCUCGAGAGCGAAGUGGAAAAUAUUAAAUUUAUACUCUCACAACUGCCAAAUGGCUGUUUCAAAGGGAUCACCCUGGAACCGACCGAGGGGCACAGUAGAAACCAGAUAGGCCUUUAGAUAAACUAGUUUUAAGUCCGUAGAAGAUAAAGCAUUCGAUUCGAAGGUUAUUCGAAGGCAUUCACCGCGCUAUAAGCCGAAAAUGACACGUUAUGGACUCAGAGGACGGUGUCAUGUAAUCUGAUGGGUAUUCCAUAGAAUCGUUGUUCUUAGGGAUAUUCGCAAAUGAUUUUUCGUAUCGAUCGUUCUUAAACCCUGAAUACGGCUGGUAAAACAGCGUUUGCAGGCUUUGAUAAUUAUCGUAGUAUAAGAGAUCGUUUGGAGAGCGUUGAAUGUAGAACUUAGUGUUAGAUGCGUUAUAUUUGGAAAGUCUUUUCAUGUGAGAUGUUACGUUUGUAACAGAAUCAGUCGUCGGUACACAAUUGUCGAAUUCGUUUAAUGCAGACGUCAAAAUGUUCGUUAAUUUUAUGUGAAUAGAAAACAAAAUUGUCUGUUACGUGCGCUUGAAGGAAACAGACAAUGUAACGGAUUUCCGGGCGUACGCGAUUGAUGGAUUAAUUCUAUUUAUAUAAAUCGGGCAUUCGUCUCGCGGAAACCGUUAGCAUUAGGUCUGUAUAAAAUUUUAUAUUUAACAAAAGGCAGGAAUUAACAAGACUCUUUAGGUAAACUGUGACAAUUUACUUGAAUUUUUAAAUUAUUAAAUUUUCUAAUUUGCCUAACAAUAAAUUAAUAAUUCUUUAUUAAGGUUACCAGAACCCACUUUUUAUAUUUUACAAUUUAUUACAAUUAUUAUUUACCGCAAAUACGGGAUAUAUGUUGGAUUUCCAAAGAGAUACCGAAGCCUUUUAAAAUUGGGAAUGACUGAAAACUGACAAUUUAUUACAAUUACAAUUAUUAUAUAUUUACAAUAUUUACAAUUAUUUUUAUAGUUAGUUUUAAUUAUUAUUAUAGUUGAGUUCUUGGCCACAAUGGUUCAUGCAGUAAGAGACCAGCCUAAUUGUUAACAUGGCCAGAAUACAGUUCUGUAUCUAUAAAUGAUCGAGUUAAUUCCUGUCUCUUACAAAACAUAAAAAGUACAGCAGUUUAAAAGUUAAUACUGUAUAAAAUUUGUUUUGGCCGAGCUCGUAACAUACAAGUAGGCAGUCGAGGUUCACAUAGUUCCCAACUAUCUAAUUAAAUGAAGACACAGUCGUUUUCGAAAAUACUGAUGUAAAAUUAAUAUAACCGCAAAUAUGGGAUAUAUGUUGGAUUUGCAAAGAGAUACCGAAGCCUUUUAAAGAAUUUUAAAGAAUUGGGAAAGACUGAAAACUAUUGAUGGAAUACUUUUUCAUGACAACUAUAGAUAUAAAAAAUUCAAUGCAGUGGAUUAUGUGACAUCGUCCGUACCUCCACGAUGUGUUAUUAGUAUCUUUAUGAAAUAAUAAUUUAUUUAUAAUAAAUAUGAUGAAUAAAUCUUUGACCUGCUUAAUUAAUAUACAGCAUUUGUCUCCUCAUUAAUUUGAUUUAAUGUAAAUCACCAAAAAAUUAGGAAAUUAAAUUAAUUACGUUUUAAUUAGAGUCUUCAAGGAACUGAAGGGACGAUUUAAACUGGUUUUGUAAAUAAAACACGAGGAUAUUGUAAAAUUAUUUAAUUACAAAAUUCAAUAUUGUAUAAAUAUUAAAAUAAUAUAAUAAUCUCGAUCGAAAAAAAAACUUUUUAUAUAAAUUACAAUUACAUAUUAUUUUUUGUUCUUUACAAUAUCCUCGUGAGGUUUUUUAUAUGUAUACUUAUAAAAGCAAAGUUUCAAACUCUUCAAAAUUUAUAAAUAUAUUAUAAAUAGUUCUAUAACCGGAUUCGUUGAAAUGCUUUUGUAUUUUGUUAUAUUGACAAUUAUUAUUUAAGCUUUAUUUAAGGUCUAAUUCAGGUAUUGUAACUACAGACUAUUUGUAUACGAAUCAACCGUGACUUGGCAACAUUUUUUUGUAAUUUUACACUUUUGUACUCUUACAAAGCUUGAUUUGAAAAAUUAAAUACGUUAUCUUCGACUAUAAUUAAUUACUAUUGAGAUUAUUUAUCAUUUUAGUAUAUAUUUUGGCUAAACAUCCAUGUAACUGUACAGGAUAUAUAUCUCGAAUAGAUGGGAAAUCAAUGUUCUAGACUUAGAUAUAAAUUAAUAGUAACAAAUUGCAUUUAUUUUUUUACUUAUCUAUAGAGUUUAGAAAAGAGAUUCCUUAUACAAUUGUCUCUUUUUUAUACUAUUUGUUUUUUUUUUUAUCUAGAUACAAUAUUUUGUAUUGUCAUAGUAAAUAUUUUUUAUUUUUCUGGUAAAGCUUUCAUUAGAUACAUAUGUUGUAUAAAAAUACUCUUAAUAUAAAGAAAGAAAAAAAUAAGUUUCUUAUAAUUACUUAAAUAAGUAUAAAGAGAAAUAAAAUUUAUUAGCAUCCUUUUAAGACAGUGUUAUA